CCGCACUGGUUUUGUGUAUUAUCACUGUCUCUCAUUCCAGGACUUCCCGUUUCUCACUUCACUCCAUUUGUGCUUUCGAACAUGACUAUACAUGGCACAUCUUCUGAACCGGGUCAUCAGCACCAUGGCGAAGAUGAACCGUUCCUCUCAAGAGAGCAGCAGAAUGAACCGGGCGCACCGGGUCAAUCAAAGUGUAGCAGCCGGCCAGACUCAGAAAUAUCACCCCGCACUCGCCUGCGACUAUUGAUCACCUUGAUAGUGAUAUUGUUAUCAUUUGAGAUUGGAGGCCAGAUGAUUCCUGGUCCCAUGAUUAGAAUCAUUGAGGCCAUCGCUUGCGAUAAUUAUUGGCGUCACCACGACCCAGCUCGGUUGCCGGUGUCGGGUCAUCUCCCAGAACACCUGUGCAAGAUAGCCGAGGUGCAGACGGAAGUUGCCACUGUGAAAGGAUAUUCCGACCUACUCGAGGGUCUACUAUGUGCUAUCUGCGCCAUUCCCUAUGGCUUGUUGGCGGACCGAUAUGGUCGCCGACGAGCCAUCCGCCUGACUGUUCCUGGAUUUCUGCUGAAUGCAGUCAUCACAAACUCCGUCCUCUGGUUCUCUAAUGUGUUGCCCCUUCGAGCUAUCUGGCUGGCAUCCCUCAGUUGGAUCAUAGGUGGAGGACCAGCAGUAGCACUAGUUGUAAUCUGGACCAUGCUGGCAGAUCUCACGUCAGAUGCGCAGCGUGCAACGCUGUUCUUUCGGGUCGGAGUCGCCGGGCAAGUGGCGAGCUUCCUUGCUAGCAUGAUUAGCUCUGGGCUAAUGGCUCUCAAUCCUUGGAUACCUCUGCUACUUGGUUGUGGUAUCGUUAUGACGGGGCUGGGAUGUGCGCUCUCUCUUCCCGAGACCAUGAACAUGGUGGUGAAAAGACAGGAAUCGACAGCGCCACGCUCGGAUCAUGAGCAAGAACCGACUAGCAACACAUCUUGGAAGCCAGAGUCCGCAUACCUGCCACUGCCGACUAAGAUCAGACGCCUGAUGCAACCUUACCUCUUCGUCUUUAAUCCCUGUAUACUCUUGCUUCUAUUCUCCUUUGGCACGGUGGAGGUUGCGCAGCGCGCCUCUUCCUUUUUGUCACAGCACAUCUCAACACAAUUCACGUGGACGCUAGCACGAGCGAACCUGAUUGUUUCCCUCCAUGCAGCUAUCACCAUUCCUGUGUUCCUCUUCUUACUUCCAUACCUAUCAAAGAAGGUCUUCCAUUCGCUAUCCCUCCCAAGGAGAGACCUCCAGGUCGCUCGUCUCAGCCUUAUCGCUCUUCUUUUAGGAUCUCUCGGGAUCGGUCUUUCUCCAUCAGCAUACGCUUUGAUUGCAAGUGUAUGUGUCCAUGCUAUGGGAGUCGGAUUGCCCAUAGUCACAAGAUCCCUCGCCACCGCUCUAGUUAACCGGGAAGAAACCGCAAGACUUUACUCAGCGAUCGAGCUCUUACAGUUUGUGGGAACCGUUCUUGGCAGUCUAUGCUUCACGAACGUCUUCAAUCUGGGACUUAGGAUAGGCGGUAUAGGAACGGGGUUGGUGUGGGUAUUGGGAAGUCUGCUGUACGCGUUGGUCGGACUUGCGCUUGCACUUGUCUGGGUCUAG